GGAGCGACUGGCCGAAUGCAGCCACAAAGCUGGCAGGCGGCGCUGUGGCGCCUGAACCGACCCUCCAAGCUGCAAAUAUUCAUUCUAUCCUUAGAAGAACGACUCGUUGGUUCAGGCCGCGCCUGCGCCGAGCCUUCCUUUCGCUCUUCCCGUCACCCCCCCGCCCCUCUCUGUCUUCUCUACCCUGGGAGCAGCUCUCCUGCCAUAGCCCCUCAUCCCCUGAAAAUGUACGCCUGUGCAAAGUUUGUCUCCGCCCCCUUCUUGGUGAGGAGCACCUCUCAGCUGUUGAGCCGAUCACUGUCUACAGUGGCACUAAAACCACCAGAGACACGGACAGAUGAGAGCCUCAGCAGCUGGGCAGCCCCACAUCCCCUGACCUCACUUAUUCCUAGCCGCAGUUUCCAAACCAGUGCUACUUCGAGGGACAUCGACACAGCAGCCAAGUUCAUCGGGGCUGGUGCUGCCACAGUUGGGGUGGCUGGCUCUGGGGCUGGAAUUGGGACUGUGUUUGGGAGCCUCAUCAUUGGUUAUGCCAGGAACCCCUCUCUGAAGCAGCAGCUCUUCUCCUACGCCAUUCUGGGCUUUGCCCUCUCGGAGGCCAUGGGGCUCUUUUGCCUGAUGGUGGCCUUUCUCAUCCUCUUCGCCAUGUGAAGGACCAUCUCCACCUCCCAUAGGUCUUUCUCCUGUGUCUCGUCUGCCCUGUGUGUUCCUUUUCCUAUAUCUCCCCAGGAAUCCUGGGGAAAGUGGUUGGCUCAGGGUUUGACAGAGGGAAGACAAAUAAAUACUGUAUUAAUAAGAUA